GGUGCGUCCUAUUCAUUUGUCUCUUCAUCACUUUAUCAUUAACCGUAAAAUACAGUGUGUGUAAUAGCAACUACACCUAAAUACGCUUGCGAUGCAUGGUAGGAUCUCGACUGGACCAAAUCGAUCAAUAAGCCAAACAUGUUCAUGCACAUGUAAGCGAGUGAGUGUCAAACAGCGGCCCGACUGUAAACAUUGCCUCUAACAAGUGUCGUACGGUAUAGUGAUCGAAGUGUUUUAUCUUAAUUAUCCAGAUAUCUUUGUGACGGGGACCAGUCAUGAGUUAACUACAGCCGGCACAUAUGUGCACGUGAGAAAUAUAAUGAGCUGGAUAGAUUAUUGAUGGCAUCAAUCAGAAAUUCUUUUGAUACAAGAAACUUCGCAAAUGAUGACAUCCUUGAUUAUCGGUGUUUGUACAACAGUUUGGACGCUACUUUUCCUGACGCAUAUUAGCUUAGCUCAUCUUGUCCACCAACCAGAUUUCGGAGACUUUGCCUUACCGGAUGUGACAUCACAUGGCGACUCCAUGCAUGGAGGCGUUAAAAUGGGAGUGCUUGAUGACAACUGUGAUAAUGGAAAAGACCGUUUAGCCAUUGACCUAGCUCAGAUGAGGCAGAUGGUACGAAUAUGCCCGCUGCGUGAAAGAAUACCAGUACCAACGUGCGGACAUGGGAAACGUGCACACUCCCCGGCGACACACUCCUCCUGUAAGGCCCCGGAGCUGAUCUGUUCCAAGAAAGCGGAAAGUCCGAUACACGAAUGUAUGGAUAAAGCCAUUGUUUAUGAUGACGCGAUCCCAACCAGUGGUGCUCACCGUCCUAUUUGGCCUGUAUACGGUGAAUAUUCCUACGCGCCCCCUCAGAGGUGGUUACACUCACUAGAGCAUGGGGCAGCCGUAUUCCUAUACCACCCAUGCGCAAACAUUGAUCAACUUAAGGUCUUCAAGACUUUAGCUACAACCUGCCUACGACGUCAUAUCAUAACUCCGUACAACCUCACUCAAGAAUUGCCGUUUGCUGUACUGACCUGGACGUGUCGACUGAUGCUGGACAGAGUGGACACAAAUAUUCCUACCGUAGUUGAGUUUCUCAAGAACAAAACAAUGAAAACCUAUGAAAGCAGUGUAUAUCAAGAUGGCGAUUACAGCUACCUCCUCAAGAAGAAGGCAGCGGAAGUAGGAGACAAUAGGGAUUCUGUUGUGUGCCCGAAAUACAAGUAUAUACCUGCGAAACGUUUUUUAUAAUUUUGCUUACAGAAAUUUAUGUUAUCGAUGCAUUAGCAUUCCAAUAAAUUUCGAUGUCUGCCAUUGCUGUUGCUAAAUUGUCGGGUAAAGAAACACAGAACAUUGCUUUUCACGUUCAUAUACGAUAUAAUUUUGAAGUUAGAAGAGAUCAAUUGGUAAGCUUUUUCUCUCUAUAUAAACAUUUAUUAAACUUUUUGAUGUAUAAAGAUCGGUCUCGACAAUAAACACUUAA